AGGAUCCUCCGCAAGAUGUUGCAGGAAUGUGAAGUGUCGAAUAUGGAUAUCGAGAACAGGCUUCGUGAGCUCGAUAGGAUCAGAGAAGAGCACUGCGAUAAUAAGAAUGGGCCAACGAGAAUGAAGAGACGAGGGAGUGAAACCGGACUGUCCGGAAUGCACCCCGAAGACCCCAUGGAGCAACGGCUGGCCCGGGCUAUCGAAGACGAAAUAGCCGAAUACCCUGAUGAAAUGCACUUUGAAGCUACCAGCACGCUGCAUGGGGCGGAUACUGAGUCUAUUGACUCUACCUCGGAACUACCCCGUGAGACAGGCCGAAGCAACUGGAGAAGCUAUCUGUGGAAUGGGCCGAGUAGGAAAAGCAGCAGGGCCCCUUCUGUUGCCAGCAGGGUUGACCGAGAUGCAGAAGCUCUUUCGAUACACACGCGGUCACGAGCAUCAAGCGGAGCGCAGCUACCCCGAAAACCCAUUACCAACGAUCUGUUUGUACCUCCUGGUCCAGUAGACAAAAGCGCCAUUCCCACGCUGCGUCGGCUUCAAAGCCAAGAUCGAGAAUCAGGACUAUCGUCCCGUCGAUCCUCCGUUUCUUUGACAAACUGGGCGCUUAAGAUGGUGGCUGGGAAUAGUCAGGCCGUUCGGAGCUCUGAUAAGGCUAAUACUGCUCGAGGCCGUAAGUUCAACUCCUCGGAUCCUGCCGAUCGAGCCGCUUCAAUGGAUUCUACCAGGACGUCGCAGUCAGCUCGAGCCGCUUCGGCCAAUGUCCCAAAGCGCGGCGGAAGAGCAUCCCUUGGGCCUAACGGAACCAUUAAAAGCAUUACAACAGAAAACCCCAAACCCGUGGCUGCGAGCCCAAGCCCUCUACUGCAGACCCGUGGACUUAGUAGCUUGGGUCCUGUGGAGAUGGACAGAAUCCUACCCGAGGAAUCUAGGCCGCCGACCCUCGUCCAGCAUCACAACAACUUCCAUUCGAACAGUGAAUACUUGACGGACAGAUUUGGUUUCAUAUACGAUCAACGGCGCAAGAAGAGACAAAGUGAAGCAGCUUCCGCACUGACCAAGCAAAAGCGGAGCAGUCAUGUUGAGUCACUGGGGGACACUCAGUCCGUUCUUAGCGCCUUAGGUUUCAACGAGAGAUCAGAAGCUGUUAAGCCUCAACCCUCCGAUGCCAACGAUGAUUCCAGGCCCCCAUCUCGACCCGGCAGCGCAAGCUCAGGCGAUCAAGGCACCGGGCAACCUUCAACAACGUGGCAAGAUUAUUUGAAGCUUGCGACAUUUCCUACCGAGUUGCUCUCCCAUACCCCAUCUGCCAUCCCCAUUACUGUAGUGGAAGCACCUGAGGCGGACCUUGUUCUUCCGAAACAGAGUCAGCUCACUGUUAUUAAGCGCGGCUCCUUACCUUCCACGAGUGCUAACCCUGAGCCUUCGCCAUCUCGUGUCGUCUCCGGCAACGCCGAGUUCGCGAUAUCUUCUCCUUCUGCAGGGCCGGCGAGUCCAAUCAGUCCCCACCCUCAUCAAGCCGACCCAGUCAAGGCUCUUUUGGAGCAGCUGACCGAGCUCCAUGACUCCUUGCAAAGAGAUAAAACUGUCAAAUGGAAUGAAUUCCUGCGCAAGGUUCGAGCUGAACGAAAGCGGGAAGAAGAAGCAGUCAUCACUGGAGAAGGUCGACCGAAAGGCCUAGCCAUGCCUGAAACAAACCUCGCUGACGGUGAGCUCGUCGGCAUAGCAGGUCUCGGUAACAAAGGCAAGGUUGGCCGAGCUAAGUGGAAUGAGUUUCGCCGCCUUGUCCUCGGCGGCAUUCCCGUGCUCUAUCGUGCAAAGAUAUGGGCCGAAUGCAGCGGGGCCUCGACCCUCCGGGUUCCAGGGUACUACGACGACCUUGUCAACAAUGGCGAAGACAACCCCUCGAUCAUUGCACAGAUCCAAAUGGACAUUACCCGCACCCUCACCGAUAACAUCUUCUUCCGCAAAGGCCCCGGCGUGCACAAGUUGAAUGAAGUUCUACUCGCUUACUCGCGCCGCAAUCCUGAAGUCGGGUACUGUCAAGGCAUGAACCUUAUCACAGCUUGUCUACUACUCAUCAUGCCCACCGCCGAAGACGCAUUCUGGGUUCUUGCGACCAUGAUUGAGAGCAUCCUACCGGAGAAAUACUAUGACCAGCAGCUACUCACUUCCCGCGCCGAUCAAUCCGUUCUACGGUCCUACGUGGUCGAACUCCUCCCUAAACUCAGCGCUCAUCUUGACGUGCUCGAAAUCGAACUCGAGGCCCUAACAUUCCAAUGGUUCCUCUCCGUCUUCACAGACUGUCUAUCUGCAGAAGCCCUUUUCCGCGUCUGGGACGUCGUCUUAUGUAUGCACGAUGGCUCUACUUUCUUGUUCCAGGUUGCGCUAGCUCUACUCAAGCUCAAUGAGAAGGCGCUUCUGCAAUGCGAUACCCCGGCUGGUGUAUACCACUACAUCAACCACCAGAUGACCAAUCACGCCAUCUCCAUUGACGGCCUAAUCCAAGCCUCAGACGCCCUUAACAAAGUGGUUAAGCGCAAAGACGUCGAAGAGCGACGUGGGCGCGCCGUAGCGCACGAACAGGAAGUCAUGCGGCAGCGCGAGGAACUGCGUCACGGACGGGCGAGGAAGCGGGCACUGAGAGAUAUCGAGGACAAUGUUCAAGAGGAAGCAAUGGUGUCGACGGCACCGAGUGUUUCAGUUAGUCUAGAUGCAGAGCUGAGUCGGCAUACGAGUCCAAUGCGGACUCCGUUAAGUAUGGCGACGAGUAGGAGCGAGGAGGAAGAGGAUGCCGAAGCGUUGAAUCAGAGUCUAGAAGAGCUAGCUAAUCGGACGCCAAUGCCGAUUGAAGAGGAGAGCCUUUGGAGAGCUUGAAACGAUGCAUCCGUUCAUAGGCCACCUCAAUUUCUUAUGUCUUAGCAUUUUCCUUGGUCAUGGUUGGUUGGUUGUUGGGGCGCGUGUUGUUGGGCUCGGUCUUGCUUGAUACCCCAGACAGACAGACCACUUUCAUUCCUUCUGUACAAGAUUUCCUUGAUCUUCCCCAGUCCUCAAUCGAGGCGUCGUUCCCUCUUCUUUUCCCUAUUGGUUUGCAUGGACGGCGCAUGGUACAGCAUAUAUACCCUAAGAACGUGCGUUCGAUGUCGCAAUCAGAUUGUGGCGUAGGCUUGGUUGGGAGGGCUGACCUUUCAAUACCGAAGUGAGUGGUUAUGGAGUAGAGACGAGGAGUUUGCACUGCGAAGGGAGAUUUGAAAAUUGGUGGAAAUACCCGGUCUUGAGUCACCGACUUCAGUUGACUUUCAGUGGGUUUGUGGAGGGUAAGAGAGGUGUAGUUAGAAUUGGA